AAAUGUAGGGCAGCCGCUUGUUCGCCCUCCCUCUGCCAUCUCUCUCCCUAUCUCUUCCUCCGUCUGUCAUUGUCUGUGCUGCCGUAGCUGCAGUCGCCACGGCGACGGCUGAUAUUGUUUCCACGGCUUCACUUCCAUAUUUGCAGAGGCUCGGCUCUCUCUCUCUCUUUCUCCCUCCUCGUCUCAGCUCACCUCAAGGAUUUCCAGAGGGGGCAUGUAACCUCCCUGAGGAACCAUUGUCUGCGUGAGGGUGUGUGUGGGUGUAUGUGUGAUUGUCUGUGUGUGUGUGUGUGUGUGUGUGUGUGUGUGAGAAAGAGAAGUGAGGUGGCUUCAGGAUCCAGACAUGAAUUCUUGUUGGAAAAUGAAGAUUCAGAAUGAAAAACCUCUGGGGCAUUCUGCAAGCAGGUCCAGCAAUAUAUCAAAGGCGGGGAGCCCGACUUCAGUCAACGCUCCAUGCAGUUUCUCAAGGACGUCGGUUUCCCCUUCCAGCCAGGACAUCUGCAGGAUUUGUCACUGUGAAGGCGAUGACGAGAGUCCUCUGAUCACGCCAUGCCACUGCACGGGCAGCCUGCGCUUCGUCCACCAGUCCUGUCUACAGCAGUGGAUCAAGAGCUCCGACACCCGCUGCUGUGAGCUCUGUAAAUACGAGUUCAUCAUGGAGACCAAGCUCAAACCGCUGCGCAAGUGGGAGAAGUUACAGAUGACGGCGAGUGAGAGAAGGAAGAUAAUGUGUUCGGUCACCUUCCACGUCAUCGCCAUCACCUGCGUCGUGUGGUCGCUCUACGUCCUCAUCGACAGAACAGCGGAGGAAAUCAAACAAGCCGGAAGAAUCCCAGGGAUACUGGAAUGGCCUUUCUGGACCAAGCUAGUGGUGGUGGCCAUCGGCUUUACGGGCGGACUGGUGUUCAUGUACGUCCAGUGCAAAGUCUACAUCCAUCUAUGGAGGAGACUCAAGGCUUACAACCGGGUCAUAUACGUCCAGAACCGUCCAGACACGUGUAAAAAGCUGGCGCUGGAGAAGCCGCCUCUCAUGGAGCCGAGUCUGGAGAGCAAGGAGGCUCUGGCGCCAACCCAGUCGGACACAAACUCCUCCCAGUACACAGAGACAGAGGACUACAGUAUGGAGGUGCUCCAUGUCUGACCACUCCGACUCGUACGAUACACACAAACAGGCCCACAGUGAAGAGCAGCCGUCGUGGAAAUGCUCGGUGACUGAGGAACGACCACACGCUUCCCUUCUUCUGAUCCCAGACUUGACCCACUGUCCUCCUCUGGUCGUCUUAUAUUCCCAAAACUCCAUCCCCAGAGACGGACAGAGCAUCACUAUCUUCUUCUCUCCACAUCCCUCCUAUCAGACUUUAUCCCUCUCUCCACCCUCAAUCCACACCCUCACCUGACUCCUUUCCCAGGACCGGACUGUUUCUACUGACUUCUGAAAAUGUCUGAAGAGGCCUGGAGCAUACUACUCUAUACACACACACACACACACACACACACACACACGUACACACUCUUGUAUGUACACCUCUGGGAGAGCAGGACUGAGACAAAUAGACUCACAAACGGCUCCGGAGGUCUUCACGUCUCUGAUGCGUGGGUUCUUUGCUUGUGGGUUUGUUACAUUUGUUCGUUUUUACCUGAGUUUGGGGCUAACCUGCCGUGGAUCAGUAUGUAGCGCCACGCAUCGGAUCUCUGGAACAUUCCAGCUACUGCCAUCUGUGUUGCUGUGGUCUGUCGGCUCCGAGCAGGCCUUGAUCUGGACAUGCAUCGAAGCACUUUUGUUUUUUAGUUCCCUCAACAAAUCCCCUCCCUUCUUCUUGCCCUUUGUCUUUUCUUUAAUAUGAAUUAAGUCUUACUGUAUAUGUUGUACAUGGGGGAUAGCACAUUUGAACUUCGAACUCUUGUUUUAAUUUACAUUUCCUCAUACACACGUAUACAUGUAUAUCAAUCCUCCCGUGGAUGACAAAAAAUGAAUUGGGGGGGGGGGGGUUUAAAAAAUGCUGAAAGAGUCAAAAUAGACAAAAUGAGUUACGAAUAUGACGUCAGGCUCGAAGCUCUAAUGCAGAUAAUGGAAAAUCCAGCCACAUGACUUCUCUACCCCAAAACUUUCUGAAGGCUUUGAGAAUGUAAACUUUUUUUUAAAAUGAUGAAAAAAGAAAUAAAAUAUAUAAAAAGAAAAAAAACAUUUUUUACUGCUCACAGGAAAUUGCGAGAUAAUUUCCAUGUCUUGAGAACAUUACUAGAGCCUUUGGGCAUAAACGGCGCCGCUCAUGUUUUUCUAUCAUGCGGAUGACACAAUAUUUACUGUGUGAUAUUCCAUGUGCAGUUUUUAAUAUGUUCAUUUGUUUGCUUAGUCACGGGAUGUGCCCUGAGAAAUCCGCAGCUGCCUAUUUUCAGUCUGUCCUCAAAUCUCCCCCGCUGUGCAGACAGUGCAUUGAUUGUUCCCAAAUAGAUAGUUUGGAUUUAAAAGCUGACUGUAACUGUGAGUAUUUCAAUUUGACAGCUCACACACUUCCACACAGAGUUUAAGAUCUGAUGUCUGGAUGUGACAAAUCAUUAGCGAGCAUCUCAUACGAGCAGAAGUCUCAGUUUCAGCAAAAGUGUCUUCUUUCUUCUCGCCAGACUCUUAUCACAUGGGGGAGUGUCUAUUUUAGUAUUUAAUCACAAGACAGCCAGCUUGUUGCCUCCCAUUUGAUAAGUGUUAACCUUUUCUCACAUCUGGCCUUAUGUCACUCCAAUGAGACAAACGGUUGACACCGUUUUCUUCUUCUUCUUCUAAAAGUAAGCACAGCUUAAAUUCUGUAACUGUAUUAUUUCAGUAUCAAGAUGAUUUUCAUAUCAGUGUUACAUUCAUUAACAAUCAGAUUUAUUUUUGCAGUAAAAGCACAUGUAUGCAUCAUCUCUCGUUGAUGAGCUGACUGCAGCGCCGCCUGCUGGUGAGAAGCUGGAGGUGCAGUCUGAGGUGGGCAGCGGGUGAUUUCUCAGGGCGUUGUGUUUUGGGCUCACAGUCAUUGGAAGUGCUUUUGUGUAUGUGGGAGCACAGAGAUGCCAGGCUCAUGUUGAGCCUCACAGCCAUUCCAGCAACAUACACAUUUUUAAAAAACUGUCUUUGAUACCAGUAUACUGUCUGUGAACAACGAUGGUCCAACAACAUAUGUGACAAUUACUGCUCAGCAGCAGCAAUAAAUGAAAUCCACGCUUUGUUUUUUGCAACAAUUCAUACUGUACUUGUGUAUAUGCCCCACGAUGACUUGAGAUCUGGAGUCUAAUAUUAUUUCAAAUCCAUUGUAUGAGCCCAGGGAGUUGUUGUGUGUCAAGUUGGAUUAAGACCUAGUAACGAGAAGCUUCAAUACCCGCGAGGCUCUGUGCAAUUAGACAGAUAAAAAGUGCAAUUACCCUUUUGUUGAUAUUCUAUUCUAUAGUUAUGUAAUGGUGUUUAAUGGCCAGGGUGUCCUCUGGGUAUGAAAUUAUUAUUUCUUCAUUUUGUGUUGUAUUUAUUUUGAAAAGAAAACAGAGUACAAUUUGUUCAUUAAAAAAAACUAAAAAAAACUUUCAUUAGUAAUUUUAUGCAACUUACACUGAGUUUAUUUUCCCAGGCAUAAAAACCAGAACAUCACUUUCACUCUUUGUUUUACACUUCAGAUAUUAGAGUUGUAAAAAAAAAGCUUGGUUGAUUAACCUUAAUGUGAAUAUCUGCUCUUCCGUCUUGCUUUUUGAAUUGCUUGAUGAAUUUUGUUUUGAAUAUGCAGUAUAUAGACAUUUAAACGCAGCAUCAAAUUUGAACGUUUCUUGUUUUUCCACAUAAAACGACAAGUUUCGAGUUUCCUUGAGAUGGAAGAUCAAAGAAGGACUGUAGAACUUUUUUUACUUUCUACUCGUAGGAGCUGGCUCCUUUCAUGAAGUCUGUUUUUGAGGCCACUUUAGGAAGCUUUUACAAGCGGGCAUCUAAGUUUCUUUUUCCUUCUUAGUGUCUCUAUAAUGAUGAACUGAUUUCUUCAUUUUUAAAUCCUAACAGUACAUGGACUGAGAAGACAAGAUACUCCCUCAGCCUCACUGUCGCAGCAUUUUAGUUUGUCCGUCUUUACCCUGUCGCUUACAUUACAUCAUGUCUGGGAAUAGUGUAACUUGCAUAAAGCUACAUUUGUUUACUACUGACUGGACUUGAACAUAUAUGACUGUUCCCCUGUCUUAUGAUAUCAUUCCACAAGUUUGUCUGUGAAAUUACUUUGGAAUAGUAACUGUAAAGAAUUUGGUAAAAGUACUUAUGUUUUUAAAAGAAAUAUUGAUGUGUUUUCAGUUUAAUUUCCCAUUAUUGAACAAAGUAUGUAGAAUUAAAAAGAACAACCAAAUAAAAAUGAAGUUACUUUUAA